AGUUCGAGUGACCAUGGUAUAAGUAACGUUAUGUCACAGUGACGUUUGUAAUCAGCUGAUCGUCUCCCAAAUAAACAAAAAGUAAUUUCUCGCUCAAAUCAUGAUUGAAGAUGAAGACAGUCUGGAAGAGGAAUUGCUGCACGAAUUCGAAGACGGAACAUUAGAGAUAAGUCCCGAAAAUAAAUUAAACAAUGAUAAGCAGAUAAAGCCGGAAUCUCCUGAUAAGCCCGAGCCAAACAAAGGCGAUAAUUAUUGGAGCUCGAAUUUCAUAACACCUCUCACUUCAAUUCCCAAUAAAAUCACUGCGUCUAUUUGGUGUAAGAACCCCAAAACACCCACCCCAACUAAAGAAAACACGAUCCAACAAACGAUCUCUAUCACCGAAAACCCCUACAAUUAUUUCACUUUCCGCGAAAGCGUCCUUGCGAGGGCUUUGGGCGAGUGCAAGGAACAGUUCCUUGAUGAGGAAGUGGACGGACCUCUGACUGAAGCUUUCCUACUCACACAGAUUAGUCACUGGAAUUCAGAUAAAGAACGACUUGUUCUACUGACACCCAAAACUCUCGUUAUUUGCAAAUACGACUUUAUCGCUUUGAAAAGACUGGCAUACAAAAAACUGCCCUUAGAGGUAAUUGAUCAAGUCAUUUAUGGCGAGUUGGUCUAUCCCAGUGGGUCACUAAUACCCCAAAUGAAUGGAUUUGUUAAUGGGUUAUCCAAUGUUUUGGAGACUUGUUUGUUUGCCAGGUGGUCGAAAAGGAACAACAAGAUGAGUAACUUUUACCAACCUAGUAUAUUUAUCAGAAGCCGCAACAUGAAGGGGGUCCGCUUGCUGUGGAACAAAACCAAAGGUGAGAAGUUAGGGGCUUACUGGAACCCCUUCAAGGAAGACGUGCCCUUUUGCACCUUCACCUUCCACCCUUUAUUUUUCCACAAAGACUGCGUCGAUGAAAAGCUGAAAAAUCUCUACUCGUUAGACACUUUCAUCGAAAAAAUCUCAAAAGCUAUUGCCGACUUACCACGGAACAAUGAACAGAACCAAGAACCUUGCACUAUACAAGAACGCGAUAUAGUUUUGAAGAGUUAUGUGGGAAUCGGGUCCGUUAUACACAAUCGAAACUCGUUGGGGUUUUUCAAAGUUAGAGGCAAAUUCAGUUUUUAAUGUGAUGUAAUAUGCGAUAUUUUAUCUCUACGUGCACAAUUUACGAUCUCUCAAUAUUAAACGCACCAACUGUUGUUUAUCUACCUGUCUGUAUAUAUUUGUACCUUUGAGAAUUGUUGUCUUUGGCCUAUUAUUUAUCGAUAUGAAUAAAAAUGCAGCAAAUUAGAA